AUGUGGUCGCUACUUUUGAUUACUGUGCUUUCGAAUGUAGAGUUACUCACGGCCCGAAAGAAUUACUUGGCGUGGUGUGAUACGAGUAAGGGACAAUAUCAUUUGAGGCUAUUUUGUUGUCUCCCGACUUUAAAUGUUUUUUUUAGAUUUGUUGGUUAAAAUAUGUAAUUUUUAUGUUUUAUGGUGGGUAAUUUACGUUAAUUGGUAUUUUUUAUGGUUUACAUGAAAUAGUAUUUGCAAAUUAAUGCUUUGAAUCUAAUAACUUGUCUUUUUAGUUGAAUGUUUGUUACUUUUUAAGCCUCCAAGCAGUGUUAUUCCAGGAAAACCGUCUAAAAAGUGUAAGUCCUUAUUCUAAAGAAGCUAAUUCAAUACAGCUAGCUGAAUCACAGUCUGAUGGCUUAUAAAUUAAGUUAUCCAACACUAUGAACCUUCAAGUAAAAAUAUUUUAGUUAUCUACGUCCCGAGUAAGGAAUUGAUUGUACGAUGGGGAAAUGGCUCAGUAGACAAGUUACUGGAGGAGCGGUACAAGCAGGCAGCUUCGAAUCAUAUGUACAAUGAGUCGUUUUCUACCUUCUUUAACGAAUUUACCUUUUCCUAUACCUACAUCGCCGAGUUGGGUCGAUUUCAAGAUAUUAUUAUACCUGCGGCAUCUGUUAAUCGGUGGGUGUAUAUUUCUCAAAUUUGAUGUAAAUUGUGUCAGUUGACGUAGUUUAUAUGUCAAUAUUUGUCCAAAUACUAUGUUUUUUAUCUAAAUUUUGUUUUAAAUGCACCAUUUGCUAAUACUUUGGUUUUUAUGGUAAUAUUGGUGUCAACCAUGCUAAUUGUAAGUAUAAUAUGUUAACUUAUAACAAUAAUGUUUAGACCUGUCGCUCAGAGCAUAAACUUUUUGACCGACGAGCAUGUCUACACCAUCUAUUCGUUUGAAUGGAUCAGUAAUAGAGUUAUGAGAUGUAUGGACAAGUAUGGCUAUCCUACGGUAACAUAUCUUCUGAAAUGGUUUUUUUAUUCAUUACUAGGGCAGUGUGGUAUAUGUAUGGCAAGAGUUGUUUCAGAAGCCAAUACACUUGUCGAUGUCAUGUAUGACACUACAUAACAUGGAAAUGAGUGACAACGUCGUGGAGGAGUACUAUUCAGGACCAGUAACGUGGAAUCGUAUACGAUUUAACGAAACGACCUACUUACUACGAUAUCUUCUAACCAACUCAGAGUAAGUUAUUGGUUUAGAGGCUCAUAUUUCUUUUCUUUCUUUUGAGUAUGUUUAUGCUUAAUAAUUUACCAACAAGAAUAUUACAGUAUCUCUGCCGCUUCUGUAUCAGACGGUCUUUUGAAGCCAAGUAUGAAGGACUAUGUCACAUGUCGUCAUCUAGAUACGGUAGAGUCAUCACUGGAAAGUAAAUGUUAUUCUGUUUACGGAGUGUUCAGCUACUCGAGAGUAUGCUGUUGUUAUCAUAAAGAUUGUCACAACAUGCAACCUGACAAAGAGGAUUUGAGGACCUAUACGAUAUGUCCAUACGGAGAGUAUAAUAGCGAAGAUAUCACGCCUACAGUAAAAGGCUACGGAUUGGAAGGGUUUGCUCGUAACAUAGUGGGACUGGUGUGUAAGGUAACAUAUGAGGUCAACGUCAUGUCGGGGUAAGAAAAGUGCUAUAGUUGGUCAUAUUGUAACUUAUUACAAUUAGUUUUCUUUGAGAUACUGUAAUUUUUCUUGUAUUUAUAAGGUUGUUUAGUAAUGUUAAUAACCAUUUUAGUAAAAACUUGGCGACUUUGAAAACUGCAGUAAGCGCCUCAAACACAUCAUCGUACUUUGACAUAGAUCGUAUCUUCAACUUAAAAAAGCUGUGUCACCGAACCCGCAUACGAUGUCCUGGGGCAUUAGACGUUGAUAUAGAAUCAAAAGGGAUGACAGUAGUAUGUUACUGUAUAUAGUCAGGGGAAUGUGCUCAACAUACGGCUACGGAGUUUCCAAAGAUCAACAACUUUUACGGUAAUAUUAUGAAUAAGGUAGGUAGGAGGUGAGGUUGGGUUUUAUGUUGAUAGCUUGGUAAGUUACAGAUCGAAAGGAUUAAUGUAUGUCAGGCAAGGGAUUGUCAUACUAUUCUUUAGGUAGGUAUAGGUAUCUUUCCUCAAACAAAUGUGUUCACUUCAUACUGCUUUCCAAGCACACCUUAUACUGUAUUUUAGGUCGAACCCUUGUGUAAGCGGUUAUCAUUCAUAAACAACGAAUUUAAAGUCUAUUUCUGUAUGUCUUUUGUGGACAUUGUGAAGAAUCGGACGGUCGUACUGGAGCAAUACAACAAUAUAUACCUGAACGAACGUAUCUUCAGGUUUAUCAUCCAGGAUGGAAAAGAUAUGGAUCCACAAUUGGCUGGAAAGAAAUUUGACAUCAACAUCUACAAUGGCUACGUGAUGGACAGUAUAAGGUCAGAAUGUAACGCGACCGAGAUCGUGUACGAUGAUGAGGAGAUUGGCGUCAACAAGAUACGAACUUGGAUCGGAUUUAGGUGUAAGGUCGAGAGAUUUCUUAUUCAAGUGUUUUAAUAUUGUAUAAAAAGACUGAUUUUUUAUAUUGUUUUAGGUAGAAAACUGAAUUUUUAUAUUAAUUUAGGUAAGAAAAUUAAAUUUUGAUAUUAUUUUAGGUAACAAAACUGAAUGUCGAUAUUAUUUUAGGUAACAAAACUGAAUGUCGAUAUUAUUUUAGGUGAGUGGAAGAAUUGUGAUGCGCUAUUCGAUGGAUUAUCAGCUGUCAGAGCAUCUGUAAUCAUACUUUACAAACCGUACUGUUUCUUUCUAAAUAACGAGGAAGGAUACAUGAAGCGAGUUGGCGGUAUAGGAUUAGAUACCGAAGUCUUAAAAGGUCAUAUGAUAUUGGGUGAAAACGGUAUGUUUGAAGAUGGUAAUAUGGGUAAGAUACAAUAGAAUAAUAUUGUCAAAAAUGGCCAGAAAAUGAAGAUUUUUGUUGACAAUAGAGUGCUGACUGCAUUUAGCCUGAGGAGGGAAGAAACUUUGUUUACACUUAGGGAGAAUGAAAUUAUACGUUAUAUUCUUAUGUUUCAGUUGAAACUGGGUUCUGUGUGAUGCGUUACAUGUCUCCGGACUCCUACUUGCAAGAUCCUGUAUAUGGCUACGAACUGCGAAAGGUAUGGCUGGGGUAUGGAGGGUCUAAAUGUUAUUUUUGGGCUUGGUUUUGUGGCAAAUUCAGAGAAAUAUUGGCUCUUCCUGUUGUCUAAGGAUGUCGUAUGAUUGGGGCUUGGAAGUAAUUGAAGUUACUUUUCUUUUUUAAUAAUGUUGAUCUUUUUAGGCCACGAAUCAGGACUAUGACUUAAACAUAAUAUGCCCGAAUUUUGGUUUAAAAAGCCAUGAAACAUGCAUUGUCAAUGACGAGUUUUACACUCUCUGUUGUCUACCAUACUUUAUGGUUCAUAAUAAGACAGAAUACAAGGAACAAGUUAUUCAGAGCUUUAUGAAGUCCGUCUCCAAAUGGGGUAACUCUAUUUACUUAUUACUAAAAUGAAAAAUGUGUCGUUUAAUGAUUUUUGAGGGUAUAAAUAUGCUUGGUGUGGUAGAAUCUAGAUGAAGGGGAAGGUGUGUUCAUCGGUAAUGAAGGGAAAGGGUUGCUCACGGAAGCACUUUUCAAAAGGAAUGACAAAAAAUCAUUUUAAAAUUCAAUUUUAGCGGUUUCCACUAGUGCAUCUGGCAUCGCAAACAUCGUCAAGGAACCUGGACUCUGUGAAGUGGAUGUCAAUCGUGAACAAAGCUCAGAUGUCUGUCCUCUGAAACCCGGAUGUUUCAUAGAGUACUUAUUUAGUACUCAAAAGGUACGCUAGUAUACGUUAUACUGACAGAUAAAGCUGCUUUCGGAUUUUUUUUAUUUUUGUGAGGAUCAAUAUCAGUAUCUUUCUCAUUUUUUUAGAAUUUUUAUAAAGCAUCUUGCCCCUUGCCUUACCCUGUAUACUACUAAACCAAUAUAUAUAUCUUCUAGAACAUGAAGAACUCUGGCUGUACCCAAACAGGUGUCACAGCAACCCAGAAAAUGGAAGGAAUACACAAGGAUCACAUUCACUUGUCCACUAUCUGUGAUCUUCACUUCAAAAACGAUAAUUAUGUCUACCGAGACCAAUGUAUCGUCGUAAAUAAUGGCAUAGAGACGUUGGAUAAAGGUCCAGUCAUUUGGGGCCCGGAUACUGUAGUUCAGGGAUGGCUACGCAGCACGAAGAUGUUAUGUUGUUGUAGUGACUUUGCUUCAUGUUCAGAUACCCUGUUCACUGGAGUAAUCUAUUACAAGUACUAUCUGGACGAGAAUCAAGAGGAUUGGGACUUGAAUACUGGUGGAGUGGUGUUGUAA